AUGGGCAAGGGUAAGUGUGUGGGCUCGCGGGAGGGCGCGGAGACUCCUGCCCACGAGACCCUCGGCCCUCGCCCCGAACACGCGCCGGGGCCGGUGGCCUCCCUCCCGCUGUCCCGUCCCCAGCGCCUCGCGGCCGCCGCGGCUUUCCUGCCCCGCCUCGUGUUCCUGCCCGCACUCGCCUGCUGCUCCCCUCCCCCCGGCAGGCGCACAAGUUUCACCCUCCAUUUGCUUUUCCCGGCGACUCCUCUCCCCGGUCUCCCUUACGCGCCGCGCACGACCUCUGCCCACGCUGGGCUGUUCGGAUCCGGAGCCCCCAGCCCCGAACUUGAGCGCCGCGCUGAGCCCUGCUGGACGCCCUCGCGGCGGCUUCCCCGCUGCCUGCCGCCCCGCAACCCCCCGCGCCCUCGACACCACGGGGCGCUCGCCCUCCUCAGCCCUCGGGGACGGCUGUCUGUCCUUCUAGCCCCAGAUCCUGCACCUUGGCCCCCUCCCCGUCUUCCCACGCCCCUGCUGCCCGUGCGGUCUUGCGUUUGUCGCCGAAGUCCUGUACUCCUUGCCGGUCCUGCCCACCCCCUCUGCCUAGUGCGCCCCUCUCUACCGGCCGCGGAUCCUCACGCUCCACCCCUCCCAGCUCCCCAGCCGAGCCUCGCCGCUGCCCUCCUGCGCCGCCGCUUCCUCCUCUCCUUGCCAGGAGUUGAAGCGGAGCUGCGGCACCUCCUUGGCGGAUCUGGUAUCCCCGCCCGCUGCCGAGGCUGCCGGCCCUCUCCCCUGGACCGCUACCCAGAGAGCGAGCGGCGGGGCCGGGAUUUGGCUGCGUGUUGGCUGAGUGCGACACACCGCGAGCGCGGGCAGUGGAGGCGCCGCGGCGGCCGUGGCCGCUCGGGGCGCAGCGGUAGUCAGGGGAAGAGCCUGAGAUCUGGAGACAUGGUCACUGAGGUCAACAUGCAUACCUGUAUCAGAAGGCCUGGGCUAGGUACCUUGUUUCCCAUCAGCUUAUCUAGCUGGAAAUACCAGACUUUGCUCCUCCUCUCCCCUACUAAUUGAAAAAACAGGAAAUGAUCUAGCCAACUCAGCUGGAGAUGUGCUUUUUACAAAUAAGAAAUUAGAAGAAAACCAUGCCAAAAUGAAUGAACUACUUAACUGAAGCAAAAGUAUCAGCUCCUGUACCAUUGAGUUAGUAAUUAUGGCCUGAUACCUCAGGAAGUCAAGCAUCAGGGGAUAGACCUCGUAAAGAAGAAAGAAGUAUCAGUCUUAAA